UGUCAUCACCUGUCCGUUGUCCACCGAGGAUGCCAGACAUGAGACAUGGAAAUGCAGCAGAAGAUAGGCAAUCCUCACUCUUCUGUUUCUGAAGAAAAGACACAGACGGCCAUCCGUCCCGGCGACAAUGUCGAUCGUCGCCGCUUCUGUCGUCCCGUGGACUCGAACCCCACUAUUUCCUUGUGUCGCCAAUAACAAUAGCUUCAUCACCCUCCAUAGAGAUAGUAGUAUUUCUUGCCGUUUCACUGUUAUUUGGCCAGAAAACCAUUUUGUCUGCAAAUCAUCUACAUUUCGUCCGACAGGUUACAGGAAAUCCCUAAUCUCUAACCGCCGUGCGGCUUCUCUUAACUGUUCUGCUAGUGAGGCAGCGUCACCAGGUGAAAACCGUCCGGAGGAUAACCAGUACGACGAGCAAAACAAGGGUUUCUGGGCAAAGUGGAAGAGAGAUACGGCAGAAAUGAGUUCAAAGCUUGCAAAGCUAGGACUUGCUGCUGUUCUGGCAUAUGGUUUGUUUGACGGUGUCACAUAUACGACCUUCUUCAUCCUCGCCUUUCUUGGAUAUGAGAAGAGUACGGGAAAGAAUCCUGCUGCAAACCUCAAAGCGCUUUUAGGGAUUGUGAUCUUAAUGUGGACGGGAAACAAUGUUACAAGACCAUUUCGAGUAGCAGGGGCAGCUGCACUGGCACCGAUUAUUGACAAAGGAAUUCAAGAGUGUGGACCAGAUUAGGGGGAAGAUAGCAUGAAACCAUGUUGAAAGGGCAAAAUGGAAGAAAUUCGGCCCAUUUAGAAGACAGACUAGUUGGAAAUCAUAAGGAGGGCACUUUCGGCCCAUAAAGAAGCAACAACCCAUGCUACACUCCAUGGGGGAACCCAAGGAGAGAGCCCAACCAAAGCUCUCCAAGGGARACCUUUCGGCCCACCAAGUGGGAGGCCCAAUUGCAGCCUAAGGGGUCCUAAAAGCAGCUACCUUUUAGAGUUGAGAGGGCUGAAGAGAAAAGUAUAAAAGGAUAAGAAAAAGGGGAGAAAAGGGUUCAAACCCCCAAAAAGGAGAAAGGAGAGAAGAGAGGCGCGAGAAAGGAGAAAAGAGAAGAUCUAGAAGAAGAAGAAGGUUGUUGAAUGCGAAUUAGAGGAGAAUCACAUCCAAGAAAUCGAAGAUUGAAGCAAGAAUUCUAGGUUGUCUUCUUCUUUGGUUCUGCGCAAUUGUUAACCGAAUUCAUCUAGGGUUUCAUGCAAUUUUGUCAAUUAAUUUYUCUUUCUUGCUUGAAUUUGAACCAUGUUUAAUGAUGUUCCAGACYUGUAAUUAGUUCUCUAGGGUUAUUCGAUUGAUUGGAUUCA